GCCCUCACAACAAAGCAAAAGCUCUCAAACAAAACUACCCUUUUGCUCCGUGUGAUUCACAAAAAAUAUAUAAAAGAAAAGAAUCAAAAGAACCAAAAAAGAUUCAGUUUUCUUUUGUUCUUGCAUAAUUUUUCCAUCAAUCUUUAAGAUAUGUCUCUUCCUGAAAUCCAAGAUACCCUCUUAGAUGCCUGGGACUUCCAAGGCCGCCCCGCCAUCCGAUCCAAGACCGGUGGUUGGGCCAGCGCCGCCAUGAUUCUCUGUAUCGAGGCCGUAGAGAGGUUAACGACGUUAGGUAUCGGCGUUAAUCUGGUUACGUAUUUGAAGGGGACUAUGCACUUGGGAAAUGCAACGUCGGCUAACACCGUUACCAACUUCAUUGGAACAUCGUUCAUGCUCUGUCUCCUCGGUGGCUUUGUCGCCGACACGUUUCUCGGCAGGUACAUGACAAUUGCGAUCUUCGCCACGAUUCAAGCCACGGGUGUAACGAUCUUAACGCUCUCAACGAUCAUUCCUGGCCUCCGGCCUCCGAAAUGCGAUCCAACCUCGUCAAAUUCAUGCGUACAAGCUAGUGGAAUGCAACUUUUAGUCCUAUACAUAGCGUUAUACCUCACCGCUCUCGGAACCGGUGGCGUUAAAGCGAGCGUUUCGGGUUUCGGUUCGGAUCAAUUCGAUGAGACAGACCCGAAGGAACGUUCUCAAAUGACGUAUUUCUUCAACCGGUUCUUCUUCUUCAUCAACGUUGGCUCGCUUGGUGCGGUCACCGUUCUUGUAUACAUACAAGACGACGUUGGGCGCAAAUGGGGUUAUGGUGUAUGCGCGUUUGCGAUUGUGUUCGCGCUUUUGGUGUUUUUGUCGGGGACUAAACGCUACCGCUUCAAGAAGCUGAUCGGUAGCCCGCUAACGCAGAUUGCAGCGGUCUUCAUCGCCGCGUGGCAAAAGAGACGGCUUGAACUUCCUGCGGAUCCGUCGCUCUUUUUCGAUUUGGACGAUAUCGUUACGUCGGAGGUUUCGAAGAAGAUGAAGCAAAGGUUGCCCCACACCGAGCAAUUCCGGUCCUUGGAUAAAGCGGCCAUUAAGGAACAACAAGACACGAUUGGUCCGAACCUAUACAACAAAUGGACACUCUCAACCCUAACGGACGUCGAAGAAGUGAAACAGAUAGUAAGAAUGUUACCAAUUUGGGCAACCUGCAUUCUCUUUUGGACAGUACAUGCCCAGCUGACAACAUUGUCCGUGGCACAAUCCGAGACCAUGGACCGACGCGUCGGAAGCUUCCAAAUCCCUCCCGCCUCGAUGGCCGUCUUCUACGUCGGCGGUCUCCUCCUCACGACCGCCGUCUACGACCGUUUCGUCAUCCCCUUCACCAAAAAAUUCCUAAAGAAACCUAAUGGCCUUACACCAUUACAACGCAUCGGUAUAGGGCUACUCUUCGCCUCUUUCGCCAUGGCGGUCGCUGCCCUAGUCGAGAUCAAACGUCUAAGAACUGCUCAUUCCCACAGUCCAACUGACAAAACGCUUCCUCUAGGGUUCUACUUGCUGAUUCCUCAGUAUCUAAUCGUCGGUAUAGGUGAAGCGCUGAUAUACACAGGACAAUUGGAUUUCUUCUUGAGAGAGUGUCCAAAGGGUAUGAAGACGAUGAGCACAGGGCUGUUGUUGAGUACAUUGGCGUUAGGGUUUUUCUUGAGCUCGGUUCUCGUGGCGAUUGUUCAUAAAGUCACCGGAACCGCACAUGCAUGGAUCGCCAACGAUCUCAACAAAGGUCGGCUCUACAAUUUCUACUGGCUCGUCGCUGUUCUUUGCGCCUUGAACUUCGCCGUGUUUUUGGUUUUCGCAAAGUGGUAUGUUUACAAGGACAAGAGGCUAGCAGAGGUCGGGAUUGAGUUGGAUGAUGAGCCCGAGAUCCCCACGUGUCAUGCUUGAUGAUGAUGAUGAAGAUUACGACGAUGAUGAUGAUAAACACGAUAUGGUUUUGUGGUAUAGUACGUAAAUUUUCUUACUUUGUCACAAAAAAAAAACAUGUUUCUUGGUUUUGGUUUAAAUCUCUUGUUUUCCCGAGUGUACAAAGGGAAACAAGAGGGAGGGGUUAAAGAGACCGGGGUUCAUAAAAGAAAAUGGGGCGACCGAAGGAACAACAAGUUAUAUGUAUCAAUCUUGCAAAAUUUGUGCGUCUUUGUAUAAAUCAGAAUCAGUAAAAAUUUCCAUGAUUUUCAA